AUGACAGCCCGACGCCAGGCGUCGACUACUUCUCUUGCGCAGUUUGCACGGGCGGUUUCGCCUGAGCUUGGAGACAAAUCGCUUGACUUUUGUAAUGCGUUCUGGGGUACUGGUGAUGGCGGUGUCGAUGUGCUGUUCGCACGUAUGCGGGGUGCCACGCGGACUAUGGAGGAGUUGCGGAACUUUUGGAAGGAGAGGGCUCUGAUCGAAGAACAGUACGCGAAGCGGUUGGCUGGGUUGGCCAAGUUCACAUUAGGUCGGGAUGAGAUAGGGGACUUACGUACGUCGCUGGACACGUUGCGUCUUGAGACAGAGAAGCAAUCCGGAUUUCAUCUUAUGGUCGCCCAGCAGAUCAAGAACGACCUUGAAGGGCAGGCCACCACAUUCCUCAGCAAACAGCAGCAGCACAAAAAGACUUAUCAGGCCCUGAUCGAGAAAGAGUUCAAGAAUAAGCAGACGCAAGAGUCCUACGUUACUAAAGCACGGGAGAAGUACGAAUCGGACUGUAUGCGCAUCAACUCGCUCACUGCCGAGAGUACUCUCAUGCAAGGCAAAGAUCUGGAGAACAUCCAGAAAAAGCUUGAUCGUGUGCAGCAGACGGUCCAGGCAAAUGAGCGCGAUUUCGCCAACUUUGCGAGGGCGCUGCAGGACAAUGUCCGAAAGUGGGAGAUGAGCUGGAAGGCAUUCUGCGACAGCUGCCAAGAUAUGGAAGAGGAGCGCUUGGAGUUCAUGAAGGACAACGUGUGGGCGUACGCUAAUUCAGUGUCUACGGUUUGCGUGGCUGAUGACCAGUCGUGCGAGGCAAUUCGGUUGUCGCUCGAGCAAGUGGAACCCGAGAGAGACAUGCAGAACUUCGUGCGUGAGUACGGAACAGGCAACGACAUCCCCGAUCCUCCUGGUUUCGUCAACUAUGCCAACCCUAACGCCAUUCCGUCUGCCUCCCAACCACCGAGCACUCGGCCCGCCAAUUUCGCCCGCACCUCGGGGCGCCCCCGAGAGACCGCCCCUUCACCGCCGCCACCAGACGAUGACCAGGAACCGUCCACGAACCUCGCAGGUGUUGGACUGGGCAUUGCACGACAGGCAGAUGCCGCAGCUGAUGCCCAGGCGCGUAGCGCGAGUCGUGCGAGCUACCGAAAUGGGAAUGGACCAGAGGUGCCGCCGGUGAAUGGGCACGCGCCACCGCAAGCAGCGCCGGUGUCACGAUCGCAGCAGCCGCCCGCUGGAGGCAUGCGCCCUGCUGACUCCCAAGCAGACGUUAUCGACCCAACGGCCAAGACGAUGAUCAAAAUUGGCGACAAUGCAUACGAUGUGGACCUGUCGCGCGACCCGCAGGCGCAGACAGGUCGGGGUUCUGCUCAGAAUGGCAAUGCUGUCGUCACGCCAAUCAAAGUCGGACAGGAAGACGACCCGCUUGCGCGUCAGAUGGCCGAGUUAAAGAGGGCGGCGCCCGCGCGUGGCAUGAGCGUGCGCCGAAGUGGGAAUUGGCAGAAUGCAGCGCCGCAAGCGCCAUCGCCUACAGCAGGCGGCCAGCAUGGAGUCUCCUCCCUUACGAAACGUGAUUCCACAACGAAGCUCUCCCCGCCGCCCGGUGGCUCGGAGAACAGGGGCCGUCCUCCAUCUCGCGACUACCGCCAUUCUGCGGAUAUCGUCGUCGGCGCAUACCCAAUCCCGAGCUCGCGUCCGGCGUCGCCCAAUCCGCCCACGGCGAAAUACAUGAUGCCUCCCCCGCAAACUCCAGCGGGCCCUGGUGCCAAUCUGCCUGUGCAGGAGAUCCUGGCGGACUAUCAACAAUCAUUCCCUGGUGAGCGCAAGUCGCUGAGCAGGCCGCCCAGCCAGGCAGGACACGCGUCUGGUAUGCCCGGCCACUCGCCGCGGCCCAGCCAGAGCUCCGUGCACCGCGAGCGGCCGUUGAGUAUGGGCGGACAGGCGGGCGUUGGGGCGCAGGGCAGGAGCGUCAGCCCGCAGCCGUACGCGCCUGUGUCGCGUAGCACGAGCCCUGCGGCACUCCACCACGCUCCUGCAGCUCCGGCCCCCAACUCGUCUGUGUCCAGCAGGAACAGCUACAGCAGCAGAGUCACGCCUCCCUCCGUCAACGGCACGAACGGACAGACUCAUAACCAUUCGCUGUCGCGCAACUCCGUGCGGCGUAACUCCACCUCCAAUUCCAUCCGGCAGAAUUCGAUGUCGGUGCCCCAGCCGGUCGCACAACAGCAGCGUGCAACGAGCCCGGGCCCUGGUGGCGCCCCGAUGCGCCAGAACUCGAUGACUGUCCCGCAGACGGGCGCACAGCGACAGGGCGCGCCGAGCCCAGGGCCCAACAGGCACAGCUCGAUGUCCGUUCCUCAGGCUGCGCCGCAUCAGCAGCGCCCGACGAGCCCGAACAGCGUUGGUAUCGCGCUCGACCUGAAUGGACGUGUCGUGACGGACUCGAUGGCGGAUAUGUAUGCACAGCGUCAGCAGCAGCAGCAGCAGCAGCAGCAGCAACAGACACAGUACGGACAGCCGCCGCCGCAGAACCAGCCGCCUCCGCAACAGCAGCACUCCGUCGCGCGGCGACCGACGUACACGGUCAACUCGAAUGGGUACCCGCAGCAGACGAUGCCGCCCCAGGCGCCUACCCAAUACCCUCCCACGCCUGUGUCGACGUAUAGCCAGCAGUAUGGGGUACAGCAGCCGCAGCAGGCGCCGCCCCCGCAACGCAUGUAUGGCGCACCGCCGCCGGCGCAGUAUCAGCAGCCGCAGGUGUACCAGCCCCAGCCGCAUGAGUACACGCGCCAGGGCGCGGUUGUGCAGAACUUGCAUCGGGGUGCGUCCAUGAAUGGGUAUUAUGAACAGGGCGGAUACGCCCAGCCGCAGCAACAGCAGCAGCAGCAGCAGCAGCAGCCGUUCGCGUAUCGUGCGCCGAGCCCCGCUCGGGCGCCAUCGCCACAGCCUCCUCCACUGCCAACGGGCUUUACGGAGGAUGGGCGGCCCGUGUUGUUCUAUGUCAAGGCAUUGUAUGAUUAUCAAGCUACGAUCGACGAGGAGUUCGACUUCCAAUCUGGUGAUGUGAUUGCCGUCACUGCGACGCCGGAAGACGGGUGGUGGUCUGGCGAGCUGCUGGACGAAGCCCGGCGACAGCCUGGGCGCCACGUCUUCCCGAGCAACUUUGUGUGCUUGUUCUGA